AUGAAGGACUAUGAUGUUGCUUCUAACAUUGCGACUAAGUCGUCGUCGACCUCUAAGUUCUUGGGUGAGGACGAUGAUAGAAGCGGUUCUACCUUCGUCCGUGAAAUUUUGUCUGCUCUAGAAGGCCAUGAUGCUGUUACUAAAUAUCUAUGGGCCAAGCAGAAUAUGGAGAAGUCUAUCUGGGCCAAACUUAUCAAGGGUACUGAACCGCCUACUAGAUGUUAUGUCGACUAUGAGAAACACCUCGAUCGGCUAUGCUCUACUAUUCGCAAGCUCUAUGACAAUGAUGAUGCUAUUGCGAAAGCUGAAGUCAAGUUCGUUACUUGUCGUCAAGGUAACUCUGAGUCUCUCGCUAGGUAUGUCAAGAGGCUCGAGUCUAUUGUCACCGAACUUCACUUCAUGGGUAUUCGUACGUACGAGUACAUCCUCAAACGUCGUCUCUACGAUGGUCUCAACUCCGACUACCUACGAGAAAAGGUCGACAAGGAACUGAGUGACCCUAAGGUUUCCUAUGAGAAGUUUGUCUCUUAUCUAUCUAACUUUGAGCGCCGACGUCUAGGCCGUGAACAACGACAGAAACUCUAUGAUGAGAUCGUUAAUUCUCGCUUGAGGUCUAAUGAUAAGACCGCCAAGCCAGCUACCUCUAAGGUUCACACCUUAG